AUGAUUGUUGAAAUUCUUAACACCCCUCCAGCCUCACUGGUGCGCCGCAAUACAAUCGAUCAUGCGUCAACUCGUACCCUGUCAAAUUCUACAUCCCAAAUCAGUGCUCCGUCGGUCUUAACGCGCCAGGCGUCGCUUUUUAAUGGUGCUUUCCAGGCUUUCGAAAGAGCAGGGAAUCAUGAGCUUCCAGCGCCAGAAGGGAAUUCCCAACUCACAUCUAUAUUCUCCCCUCAGUCGCCUAUCGAAAAUUCAGUCAAUGACCGCUCUUACGGGUCUGGCAAGAUGAUGAUCAAACAGGAUCCGGACGAAGAUACCGGUGACUUGCUGAAUGACCCUGUUGGGUAUGCGCGGAAUUGCCCUUCUAAUCCGGCAGCUUUGCAGCGACGCUUGACCAACCCCCCAGUCCCGCUAUCACAUUUUGCCAACCUCUCGUUAUCAACAAAUGUUAGCAACCCAAUGCAGCAAUUGAGUGGCGCUCGAUCAAACACGAAUAUUGGAACUCCCACCAGUACAAUACCGCCCGGCCUUUCAUCCACCAUGGUACCAAAUCCGGGAUACAUGCAUGCUUCUCAGUACCAUCGGGUAAAUUACCCACCCGUCAAUCCAGCCGAUCAAAACCCUCCUUGCAAUACUUUAUACGUGGGCAAUCUCCCACACGAUACCUCAGAAGACGAGCUGAAGGCUUUGUUUACCAAACAGCGUGGAUACAAACGACUCUGCUUCCGGAAUAAGCAGAACGGACCUAUGUGCUUCGUUGAAUUCGAAGACAUUUCUUUUGCGACUAAAGCCCUGCACGAGCUGUACGGAUAUCAACUUUCCAACAGUGUCAAAGGCGGCAUUCGUCUUAGUUUUUCUAAAAACCCGCUUGGGGUUCGCCCAGGGCCUCCCCCCGGGAUGAACGCAACACCCAAUACUAAUGCUGGGAAAACGGCAAGUGGCACAGGAAUGCCACUUUUCGCGACUGCGAACACUUUCCCACCUGGAUUGGGCAUCCCUCCUGGCUUUGCAAAUGCGAACAAUUCAAUCAAUCCUAUGGCCGGCAUCAACAUCAAUUCUGCGGCCAACAACGCCUUUAAUGGGCACUCAACGCCGGGACUCGGAAUGAACCCUGGCGCUAUUGGGACAUCACGUUCGCAAACUCUUAACGGUGGACCCGUUGGUGGAAUGGCAGGUCCAAAUAUGGCAAACAUGAACGUCACUGCUUUUUCUGAUUUCAUGGGCCGAUAG